GCCUCAUGGCCCAGAUAACCUCGGGAGAGUAUAAAAGGUCCCUCAGCACCGUCCUCGGCAGUCACUCGCCUUCGCUUCCAGAAACUUCUCGCUGCAGCUGAAGAGGCUCUGCCAGAACUCCAGGAAGAUGUGCUCCCGCGGGUCCUGCCACGACUACGAGUCCUCCUGCCACCGAUCCAGCUCCUCCUGCCACUCGGGGCCUUCGUGCCACUACACCAUCCAGAGGCAGCCUGUGCAGAAGUUCAGCUACGUGACCCCCUGCUGUCCCCCGGUGCAGCCCUGCUACCCACCAGUGCAGCGCUGCUACCCCCCGGUGCAGCCCUGCUACCCCCCGAUGCAGCGUUCCUGCCCCCCGCUCUGCCCCCAGGUCACCAAGAACAUCUGCAAGCUGCCACCGUCAUACCCCAAGUACUGAGAGCGGAACCUGCCCCUGGCACUGGGAUGCGCCGGAUCACUCCUCACCCGAAGCUUCCAGCUCGCCCCAGUGCUCGUGGCUGUUCAGCUUUGUCACUUCUCUCCAAGCAAAGCCUUCUAAAACUGUAGGAGGUGAUGCAGUUUUAGGAUGAAACCUCUCGUUUAAGGAGCUCUGAGCUCUUUAUCUUUCCUCUGCCAGCGUUGGGAAUGGUUCCCUUCUUGCUUUGCUGCUUCGUUCUCCAGCAAGACAAUAAAAAUGGUGUUUCAAGCCGA